AUGUCCAUCCUGUAUUUCCUGGUUUGCUUCUGCUUCCCCCUUCACGGUGGUGCUUCUGACGACCGUGGUUUGCUCUCCUCUACUGGCUCGGCAUAUAUCUUUGUUUUCAAACGGAAACUGGCAAGUGCCGCAGUGCAGGCCAAUGGGAGCUGGAUCGGCCGCCGGCUUCAGACGAGCCUGCAACGAACGGCCGACCGUAGUGAAUGA